GAGCCACCCAUCUGGUAUCACAAGAGAGUCUUCUGCUGAGGUGUCUUCAGUGAAGAGCAGCCAUGGCUUCUCCAGAUGCUGAGAUGGCCGCCUUUGGAGAGGCCGCUCCUUAUCUCCGAAAGUCAGAGAAGGAAAGAAUUGAGGCCCAGAACAAGCCUUUUGAUGCCAAGACAUCUGUCUUUGUGGUGCAUCCCAAAGAAUCCUUUGUGAAAGGGACAAUCCAAAGCAAAGAAUCUGGGAAGGUCACUGUGAAGACUGAAGGUGGAGAAACUCUAACCGUGAAGGAAGAUCAAAUCUUCUCCAUGAACCCUCCCAAGUACGAUAAAAUUGAGGACAUGGCCAUGAUGACCCACCUCCAUGAACCCGCUGUGCUGUACAACCUCAAAGAGCGUUACGCAGCCUGGAUGAUCUACGUAAGUACCAGCAGCUCUCUUCCUUGGGUAGCGUAGCUGGGGAGGACUGCU